AUGAUGGAUUCAAUUGCCCUCGUAAUCACAAUCUCGACACUGACCGGUGUCACCCUGAGAACGGCAACAUCACUUGAUGCCUUGCAAGCGAACUUCACAAAACAAGAACGGAGUAUCAAGUCCAUGUACAUAGAAUGCUCAGCAAUAAGCGUAUCUCUGACCAAAAUCCAAUCAUGCGUCCUGCAAGAUAUAAGUCCUCUGAACUAUUAUCAACUCAAAGAGAUCUUCGAUACCAUCAUCACUGGAUGCCGUGUGCUGUUCGCAUGUCUCGAACAAGAUAUUGAGAAGCUGGCAGAUGAAACACCGAGGUCUAAACCAUGGAAGCCCUGGGGCACUUUCAAGAAAUUCGAGGUCGAAUGGGACCAGAAGAAGAUGAAUGGAUAUCUCGCGGAUUUGAGAAUGCAACAGGGUGCAUUGAUAUUGCUCAAUGAACUGCUCUUGAUCAAGGACACGGGACAAUUUCAUAAGAAGCCACGGGAUAAUUCUUCUACUGUGAUGCAGCAAGAACUUGCGACGCGGCAAUUGAGAGAAGCAAAUCCAGGGAUCAAUAUUCCUACCACGGUUUAUGAGACAUCAGCUCCAAGAAGACAAACAGUGAAGCCAGGGCCUGCGACGACAUAUGAUCAAUCGUUUGCUUUCGACAAUAUGCUUGUCAAUUCCGAAUCUUACCGUCGAAGCGUGGGGAUCCCGCCAUCAGCUGCUUCUCGCAAUCAGCCACAGCCCGAUACGGGUCCAUCAACCUCAUCUACCGUAAAGCAGGAGAAAGACGAACUUGCAAGAAGGGAUGCAAAGGAGCGGCAUUCACCAGACGACGAAGAACUCCCAGAGUACACACCCUACCCGGGAAAUCCAAAUACAGCACCAGUCAGCGAAUACAUACCUAACCCCCGAGCCGUAUUCCAAAGCUGCAGUCCUCCAAAAACCGUAUCUCCGGAUCGCAUCCCACCACUCCAUGUUCCUGACGGCCCAUCCUCCUCCUCCAGCCUCCCAAUCACCACAACCCCCUCUCAACUAACCUACACCAUCCCAGUCAAAAACGAGCAACAUAUCCUCGUGUAA